AUGUCACCCAAAGGAAGCAUGAAGGCUGGGAUACUGCCAGGUUGCCCAAGCCUAGACAGGGGAAUUCGAGAGGCAGAAGUCGCGUUCGAACCACGGACCUCCCGGACAAUAUCUCCAUGGGAAAAAUCUCUUAAGGCUACCAACAAACAACUGGACAGCUUGGUAAAUUUACAAAAUACGAAAUCUGCCGACCCCGAGGGUUUGAAAAACGAGAGAACGAUGUGCUCUAUCAGUCGCAACAAAUGCAGUACGGGUGAACGACAGCCACUGACCGACAAGAACAAAACCGACCCGGGAAACUUGGGCAAAAGCCUCGAUCCUGUGUAUCAAUCCGUGAAUCCGUGA